AUGUACUCGGACCAAUGCGGUGGCCAAAAUAGAAACAUCAAAAUGGCACUACUAUGCAAUUAUAUUGUUUCCUCUCAUGAUCUCAUUGUUGAAGAAAUUAACCACAAAUUUUUAGUCAGUGGACACUCAUACCUACCGUGUGACCAGGAUUUCGGACUAAUUGAAAAACAAAAGAAAUAUUUCAAAGACAUCUAUGUGCCAGAUAGCUGGGAAACCGUUGUUAAGGCAGCAAGAAAAAAGGUUCCUUUUAAAGUUGUUCAGAUGACAGUCACAGAUUUUUACUCUACUGUUAAUUUAGAGAAGAAUAUAACGAAUCGAAAAAUUUCCGAAGAUAAAUUAAAAGUAGAAUGGAUGAAAAUCCAGUGGCUGCUCUUUAAAAAGUCGGAUCCGCUUAAAAUCUAUUUUAAAUACUCAAAUCAAGAUUUUGCUCCAUUUGAUUCAGUAGACGUGUCUAAAAGGAACUCUUCUAACAGUUUUAAAGAGCUGAAUCUGUUAUAUCCAAAAGGACGUAAAGUUGAUAUCAAAAAGAAAAAGGACCUAUUGGAUCUUGUAUGUUUUAUUCCCCCCAUUCAUCACGAGUUCUAUCAAAACCUGAAAACUGCGCAUGAUCAAGACGAUGAGAUUUAUUCUGAUAGCGAUGAAAAUGAAUGUGAAAAUUAG